GAUGACCAGUCACUUCCCGCUCCACACUGUGGGUCCUCCACUGUAGGAUGGGGAGCUCACAGUUCCUACCUCAGCAGGCUGUUGCGAGGACUGAGAUGGUGCCUAGAGGGUGCUGAGUGUGGAGUUUAGCAAAGAGCAAAGCUCAGCGGUGCCAGCACCAAGGCUACCUGCUUUUGGGUUCUGUGUGUGGGCAGAUAUCUGGGUGCCGUUUUCCCAAGGGAGGCUGGCCUCGUCCCACUGAGCACCAGGUGAUCCCGGACUGCAUGUCAGGCCCCGUGUUCUCUCCAAUCACCUGACACUGCAGUCCCCGCCCCCACUUUGCUUUCUCAUAAAAUCUCUGCUGGACCAGCCACUCCUAGUGGGGAGCCCAGGGUGGUCUGCGAGCGCUGGAUACACCCAGCUGCUGCAUCGCCGGGCAUCAGGAGCUGGAGAUAUUUGCUUGUGUGUUCUCCACCGCCCAAAGCCAGGUGGGCAUUCUGCAACAAAAUGUCUGGAGUAAGACAUUUCUAUGGUUAUGUGACCAAAAUACAACUCAAAUGGACUUUCUAACAAGAGAAGGAUUUAUUUUGGCUCAGAGACAUCAAAAUUCACAAGGGAUUGCUUCAGGUAGCAGCACUGAGUCCUGAUGCCUGACUGGAUGGAAACCUAUCAGCUUCUGUUCCCAUGAGGUAGACAGGCCUUAGUCUUCAGCGGGGAAAGAGGCCAGAAACAAGGACCCCGGUGAAAUAACCCAGAUUCCUUGGUCUGAGAAGCAGAGGAAGGACGAGAAGUGAGCUGCAGCUGCUGGCGAUCCUCAGAAACCUCCAAUUGCUAUUCUCACCGUUCUUUGGGAACACUCUGAAGUGAAGAGCAAUAUGUAGGAAAAUGGGACCGAAUCAUGUGUUUCCUGAGCCUCAAAACCUCUUUCUUGGCCCAAAGAAGCUCACCUUGACUUUGGGAGGGCAGGUAAGCUCCGUCCUUCCCCAUGGCCUCAGCGAAGCUUUGAACUCACCCCCCCCUUCUGGCCUUUGGGAUUACUUUUUCAGGAAGAGUGAGACUGAGGACCCCCAAGUGUUCCAUCCCUAAAAAAAGCUUGGGAAACCAAGCCCCUUCCAUCCCCUCCCAAGCAUCCCAGCCAGUCCCCAGAGAGCCAGUCCGGAAUGAUCCCGCUAUGGCGAAGCUCUGGUUCAAAUUCCAGCGGUACUUCCGCCGGAAACCCGUGCGCUUCUUUACCUUCCUGGCACUCUACCUGACUGCCGGGAGCCUCGUCUUCCUUCACUCUGGCUUUGUGGGCCAGCCCGCCGUCUCGGAGAACCAGGCGAACCCCGCCGCCACAGGAGGCCUGGCUGAGGGUGCUGAGCUGCCCUUCCUGGGCGACAUGCAUCUGGGCAGAGGCUUCCGGGACACAGGUGAAGCCUCAAGCAUCGCUCGCAGGUACGGACCCUGGUUCAAGGGCAAGGAUGGGAAUGAGAGAGCCAAGCUUGGCGACUACGGUGGAGCCUGGAGCCGAGCCCUCAAGGGGAGGGUCGUCCGGGAGAAGGAGGAAGAGCGAGCCAAGUACAUCGGCUGCUACCUGGAUGACACCCAGAGUCGGGCCCUUCGAGGAGUGUCCUUUUUUGACUACAAAAAGAUGACCAUCUUCCGUUGCCAGGACAACUGUGCUGAACGGGGUUACCUGUAUGCCGGGCUGGAGUUCGGCGCCGAGUGCUACUGUGGCCACAAGAUCCAGGCGGCAAACGUGAGCGAGGCAGAGUGCGACAUGGAGUGCAAGGGCGAGAGAGGCAGCGUGUGCGGCGGCGCCAACCACCUCUCCGUCUACCGGCUGCAGCUGGCCCAGGAGUCAGCCCGCAGGUAUGGAAGUGCAGUGUUCCGGGGCUGCUUUCGCAGGCCUGACAACCUUUCCCUGGCCUUACCCGUGACAGCUGCCAUGCUGAACAUGUCCGUGGACAAAUGCGUGGACUUCUGCACAGAGAAGGAGUACCCGCUGGCAGCUCUUGCAGGCAACGCCUGCCACUGUGGGUUUCCCACCACCCGAUUCCCGCUCCAUGACAGAGAGGAUGAGCAGCUCUGUGCCCAGAAGUGCAGCGCGGAGGAGUUUGAGAGCUGCGGGACUCCUAGUUACUUCAUUGUGUACCAGACACAAGUCCAAGACAACCGUUGCAUGGACAGAAGGUUCCUGCCAGGCAAGUCCAAGCAGCUCAUUGCUUUGGCCAGCUUCCCAGGUGCCGGCAACACGUGGGCUCGCCACCUCAUUGAGCUGGCCACAGGCUUCUACACUGGCAGCUACUACUUCGAUGGCUCCCUCUACAACAAAGGGUUUAAAGGUGAGCGGGACCACUGGCGCAGCGGACGGACCAUCUGCAUCAAGACGCACGAAAGCGGCCAGAAAGAGAUAGAGGCCUUCGACGCCGCCAUCCUGCUCAUCCGCAACCCGUACAAAGCCCUCAUGGCUGAGUUCAACCGCAAGUACGGUGGCCACAUAGGCUUUGCCGCGCAUGCCCACUGGAAGGGCAAAGAGUGGCCGGAGUUUGUGAGGAACUAUGCCCCAUGGUGGGCCACUCACACACUGGACUGGCUCAAAUUUGGCAAGAAGGUGCUGGUGGUGCACUUUGAGGACCUGAAGCAGGACCUCUUCGUCCAGUUGGGCCGGAUGGUCAGUCUGCUGGGUGUGGCUGUCAGGGAGGACCGGCUGCUCUGUGUGGAGAGCCAGAAGGAUGGAAACUUCAAGCGCUCGGGGCUCCGGAAGCUUGAGUAUGACCCCUACACCGCGGACAUGCAGAAGACCAUCUCUGCCUACAUCAAGAUGGUGGACACAGCCCUCAAAGGGAGGAACCUCACAGGUGUCCCUGAUGACUAUUACCCAAGAUGAUGUGUCCGCAUGGGGGGAGGGUAGACUAGGAGUCCUGACCAUGCAGGCCCUGUGGACUCAAGACCCCUGGUGACCCCACUGAUCUGUCCUCUCUUUGGUUUGGGGACAAUCCCCUUGACUGUUCUUUGCCUUCAAUGAGUUUCCUGCAUGACAGAGGAGGCUCAAGGGAAGAGAUUGUCCAGGCACUAAAACCCUACUCACAUGUUCCCCUCUUGGCAAUGUGGGGCAUCUGGUUUGGGGGGUCCUAGUUACAUGGGCUCUUUUCUGUCCCCUGUGCCCCUGCCCCUGCCACUCUGGGUUCUGCUUGUGGGAGGGAGGGCUCAUCAGCUUCAAGGAGACUUGCUGGAUGCCCCAUGGCCUGGGGGACUUUUGUAAAAAUGUGGUCCCAGAUGCUUGUCCUUUCUGGGCUGAGCUUUCGUAGCCCCGUUCUCAUCUCCACGCAAGAAGCACUGGCACUGACAUUUAACUCAGGCCACCUUCCAUUCUAAAGAAAGAUUGCUGGGAAGUUUCUCCGUGGCCUUAGGCUUCUGACAUCCUGGAUAGAGUGGGGAGGCAAUGGUGCUCAUGGCAGGUUAAUUGGAGACACCAAGUGGGGCUGUUGGUGUCAUGGGCCAACCCCCAGGCCACACUGCUUCUCAGAAACAAGCUGCUUGCCUUUCCACCUCCAGGGCAUAAACCCUGCCCCCUUCUGUCCAUGCUGGGUCUAGGAAGUAACCUUGGGAUCCUGAUCCCAAAUCCAAGGAACCUCAGGCACCACCAGUGAACCCACAAGGAUGGUCACCUGCCAACUGCAGAAUCUGAGUUGAGAGAGAGCCCCAGUGAUACAUCUCUCCAUGAUGGGCUUCAGUCAGUCUUACACUGCCCUUCUGACCCUUACAGAUGGGUCCUUUGCUAUCUAGGGGAGACAGCAAGAGUGCUCUUAAUCAGAUGAAACCAUACCCAAAAUGGAACCCCACUACCUUCCCAGACCACCUGUCUCCCCUUGAUCAUAGUCCAACAGGCCAGAUUCCCUUGGGGGGGCCCUUUAAGGAAUGGGGUGAAUGAAAUUGUGUUAUUUCUAUACAAACACUGCUCUCUUGAUGCUGAGAUGCCAAACCAAAGGAUUUCUGAGGACCUGAAUCACGGAGCAUCAAUCUUACAAAGUGUUGGUCCAGGGUCCCAUCUCUUCUCCAACCCCUGGACACCAGUGGCUUCCCACCAGCUCCACACCUGCACCAUCCAUCAUUGUGUAGAUGAAAAAGCCAUAGAUCACAGCCUCUUUGCUAUUCUGUUGGAGCAGCCUCCCUAAGUGGUCCCUCUGAAGCCUUGGGGUGCAGGUAAAUGCUCAUUCCCAAGUAGCAAAGAGACCACGGAGAAAGUGCGUGUAAAGAGAUAUAUUUUUGUAUGAGGAAUAUGAUUAAUACAUUCCGUCCCUUGGAAUCUGGCCAUGCAAAGAAAAGGGCACAGGGAUUAGACCUGUGCCACCCUUCCCCAAUUCCCUCAUCUGUAGGAUUUGGGCUGCCCCAGGCCCACCCAGGGGGCUCUGAAUGUAUUUUGUACCGUGUUUCUUUACCCCAGGUGAAUUUCUAGUCUUUUCCAUGAAGCAGUGGAGGGUUUGGUCUCCCUUCCAUUGGGAGUUCGGCUCUCUCUGGGAGAUUCUUGGUCCAAGACCUAGGUCAGUUCUUUGCUGGUGGUCCCCUCUGACCACAAGCUUCCGUCUGACAAUUCCUCAGGUCAACACCAUCAUUAAAUGCGAGUUUUGUUGAUGAUUCU